CUUGCUGGUGUUUGGUGGGUUUCUUACACCCCACAUCAUCCAUGGCUUUUCUACUUUGUGAGGAGGCGGUUUCGCCAUUGCGUCAUUUGCGACGUCUUCGAAGUCUGUCAUGUCCGUGACAUCUUCGACAGGCAAGGCGGCGGUGGCGCCGAGGCCGAGGAGCAUCGCGACAACGAGAAGAUUAGGGCGGCCGGAGGGAUGCUGAUCCCUCCAGCCCAGAGACGACAGCAGGCUUCCGCAGAAUCUUCAAUCUCCAUGUUUUUCUUCAAAGCCAUCUUUAUCUUGACAUUGACAGCCCUGAGCUCAUAUGCUCUAGACUCUAGCCCUCCUGAAACACACGAUUUUCCUCAGCCUGCUUUUUACGUCGACCUUACAAUGGACGAGUUUCUAUCACUUCACGACCAAUAUAAACAGUGGCAUCAAAAGACAGCCAUUAAACGCGACUACGUCUUGAAUGAGCUGGAUGAAGUCUGUCUACUUAUCGGGCCCAUGUAUCGAUUUCAAAAUGGAUGGUGUUCUGCCCCUGCGAACCAUAGAAAAUUCUACUGCCACAUUCCAGGCAUCCCGUCAUCCUGCGAGGAGAGAAAUAGGCUGAGUGGAACACGGGCCUGUGGAAAGAAUACGCUGUGUAAGACACGCCAGAUUCAGAACGCACCAGGCACCUCGGUUCAAUAUCCCUAUUGCGAAGCAGAGGUCAAUGUCAACAAGCCUACUGGAAGCAGUAGCUAUCAGGGUGGAUUUGAUUGGGACACGGUUGAAUCGUCAAGCUGGGCAUCCAUCCAUGCUACGGCAGUACAGGGCCAGCAUCUUGGAUAUCAAUAUACAGAUGGGUCUUACUCCAAUACGGGGCAGGGUUCUUCAUGGUCCUGUAUCCGAUGCCCUUGGGGUUCGGGUGCAAAACUUCGCAUGACUCAUCCGAACAACCCAACGGAGGGAUAUGUCAGCGCUUUUACCCUUUAA